GAUACAACCAUGGAGGAUUAAAAUAUAACGCAUGCAUUUCAGCGUGUCACAUUAACUAUCGCGGGCCGCCAGAAACAUUUCCGAGGGCCGCCAUUGGCCCGCGGGCCGCACUUUGAGAACCCCUGGUUUAAUGGAAUGACAAAACCAACAUAAUUAAAUAAAAGCAGUUUUAUUCCUGUGAAUAGCAUAGUAUAAAACCGUUUUAUUUUUGUGUCAUUUGGAUGAAAUCACACCUUAUUCGGAGGUAAAAACAUUUAGAAACAGGUCAAGGUUAUUUAUUAUGAUCAUAUAUUAUUAUAUAUAUAUAUAUAUAUAUUUUUUUUUUAUUAUUAUUUUUUUUAUUAAAGUCUUUGUGUCUCUUUGAAGUCAUUUUGUAGUUGUUUUGUGAUUAGCUGUAAUCCUUUUGUUUGCUUUUCUGUCUGUAGUGACCAUAGUUAAUAUGUUGUCUCUGUAUUAUUUUCUAUUUGUUGUUUAUUUCUGUGUUUCUUGCAUAUCAUGUUUUGACAUUUUGUGUCUCUUUGUAGUUUAUGUUAUGUCUUUGUAGUUUAUUUUGUGUCUCUGUAGUCAUUUUUAUGUAGAUCCUUUGGGUCAUUUGUCUUUCUGCGGUUAUAUGUUCCCUUAUUAUAGUGGUUGAGUCUUUUUUCAGCAGUUUUUUUAUCUAACUGUGGUAAUUUGUCGCCAUUUUACGUUUAUUUAUUUUCUCAUUUUGUCUCUUUUUAGUAAUUUUAAGUAGCUUUUUUUGUCAUUUUAUCUCUUUGUGGUUAUCUUGACCCUUAUCAUAGUGGCUGUGCUUAAUCUGAUUUUGGACUUUUUUGAACCCUCUACAUUUUGUUGACACAUGCAGAUUUCACAAACUCAUUCCAGUAAUAGGAAGUCUCAAAUUUCCCUAUUUUAUUGUUUUGCAGAUGUCAGGAUAAUUUCUAGUAUUUAAGCGAUGGUUUUCCUCCUGUUCUCCGCCACGGCUCUCCUUCCGCUGCAGGUUCCUAGAAACUCUUUUAUCUUUUUUACCUUUAAUCCUCUUUUCAUCAUCCUCACCAUGAAGACACUGGUUGUGUUUGUAUUUUGUUGUUCCUCCAUGGCCUUGGCUGGAGCUGCUGUUCUUUCAGAGGCAGCACCGGAGGAAGGCGAAUUAGUUCUUUCAGAGGCAGCGCCGGUGGAAGACGAAUUAGCUGAGAGUCCCAGCUCCAAUGCUUGCCCUGGAGACUGGACGGAGUUUGAUGGCCGCUGUUUUCAGUACGUUCCCAAAGAGCUGAGCUGGGCCAAAGCUGAGAAAAACUGCCACUCCAUGGAUGCACACCUGGCUUCUGUUCACAGCACGGCAGAACACAACGAGAUCCAGAAGAUAAUCAUCGACGCCUCGCAGAAGCUGAAGGAAACCUGGAUCGGAGGCUCGGACGCACAUGAGGUGGGUGAGUGGUUCUGGUCCGAUGGCUCACAUUUCGACUACAACGACUGGUGUGCCGGAGAGCCCAGUGUACAGGAAGCCCAGAGGUGCCUGCAAAUCAAUUAUACAGAGGAUAAGUGCUGGGAUAACAUCGAGUGCUCCACCGAGCGUCCGUCCGUCUGUGUCAAAGACGCAGAAGAUUUCCGAGAUGUGUUUGUUUGCGUGCAUGCGUGUGUCCAAAAUAUCUAAUUUUACAUAUUUUCUUUGACUAUUGCUGUUACACAGAGGCAUGAAGGCUUAUUCGUGUACGAAUAAAAGGCUUAAGCAUUACAACAACAAAAAAGCUGGUGUCCAUCCAUCCAUCCAUCUUCUUCCGCUUAUCCGUGGUCGGGUCGCGGGGGUAGCAGUUCCAGCAGAGAGCCCCAAACUUUCCUUUCCCUGGCGACAUCAACCAGCUCUGACUGGGGGAUCCCAAG